CAAAACUAGAUUCACCUACACUCAGCUGGCUCCAAAAGCUCAAAACUAUCUUCACCUAGGAGUGCAACAUGCAGCCUUUCACAGAGAUCCUCUCUCCCAUCCCCACAGGGCCCCCAGCCAGAGGAGAAUGGCUACAGAAAAUCACUCUACAGUCACAGAGUUCAUUCUUGGAGGUUUAACCAGUCGGCCAGAGCUCCAGCUCCCCCUCUUCCUCCUCUUUCUUGGGAUCUACUCCAUCACCAUGCUAGGGAACCUGGGCAUGAUCACACUGAUUUGGCUGAGUGCUCAGCUUCACACCCCCAUGUAUUACUUCCUCAGCAAUCUGUCACUCGUGGAUCUCUGCUACUCUUCUGUCACUGCUCCAAAGAUGCUGGUGAACUUUGUGUCAGAGAAGAACACCAUCUCCUACACAGGGUGCAUGUGCCAGCUCUACUUCUUCCUUGUGUUUGUCAUUGCUGAGUGUUACAUGCUGACAGUGAUGGCCUAUGACCGCUAUGUCGCCAUCUGCAGACCUCUGUUUUACAACACCAUCAUGUCUCAUCAAGUCUGCUCCCUGCUGGUGGUCACCGUCUAUGCCAUGGGGCUCAUUGGCUCAACCAUAGAGACUGGCAUGAUGUUGAAAGUGCCCUAUUGUGAGCCCCUCAUCAGUCAUUACUUCUGUGACAUCCUCCCCCUCAUGAAGCUUUCCUGCUCUAACACCUAUGAUGUUGAGGUGACAGUCUUCUUUUUGGCUGGAUUCAACAUUGUAGUCACUGGCUUAAUGGUCCUCAUUUCCUAUGCCUUCAUCCUGUCCAGUAUCCUCCACAUCAGCACCACAGAGGGAAGGUCCAAAGCCUUCAGCACCUGCAGCUCCCACCUUAUGGCAGUUGGGAUGUUCUAUGGAACAACAGCAUUCAUGUACUUGAAACCCUCCACAGCCAGUUCCCUGGCCCAGGAGAACGUGGCCUCUGUGUUCUACACCACAGUCAUCCCCAUGCUGAACCCCCUCAUCUACAGCCUGAGGAAUAAGGAAGUAAAGGCUGCCAUGCAGAAAACUCUGAGAAGAAAGAUUAAUUGAUGCAAAUGUUAUUUUUCCUUCUCAAUUAAAAAUCAACUUAAAAAUAAGUUCCCGUGAUGGAAACCAGUCCCUUCUCUGCAUGGCUGGGUGAUUGCCUCCUUCCUCCUUCCCUCUUCCUUCCUUCCCUCUCUCUACUCUCAUUUCUGUUUGAAGCUGGCUGAUUUCAAGUUGAUGCUUUCUUUCAUUUUCACUAUUCUGAGCCCCUUGGUAAGCCCUACUAUCUUAAUUAUAAUUUAACAUAAAUAUUAAGCUUUUACAAACUCACAGAUACAGAGACCAACUAGUGGUUAGCAAUAGGGAAUUGGAAGAGGGGAAGGGCAAGUUAGGUGUAGGGAAUUAAGAGAGAGACACUCUAUAAAAUGAAUAGUCAACAAGGAUCUAUAUUGUACAGCACAGGGAAAUACAGGCACUUUUGCAUAGUAACCUUAAGUGCAGUUAACUAUAAAAAUAGGGAGUCACCAUAUUGUACCCCUGAAACUAUGUAACUUUGUGAGUCAACAAUACUGCAUGCAGUUAAAAAAUGUAAACUUUCAUCAGAGUUGAGCUUGAGAGUCAUUCACUGUUUUAUUGCCUUCUACGUAGAAAAUAAUCCUCAACCCAGUUCCUACGUUUUUGCACUUGGUAGUACACAAGGCAGAGAGUGUGGAUUUGAAAGUCACCAAGAGAUGAUACCCAGAGUCUUUCUCAUCCAGACUUAUUCCUGUCUCCUCUUUUAUUCCUCUCUACUGAUCCACACCCAAGAACUUCUACCUGGACCUUUUAUGUGACUUCCUUAGUGACAGUGAUAAUAAUGCCAGCCUCUAACAUGUUUUUGGGUGCUUACUCCGAGCCACACAACUCUUCUAAAGUCUUUGUAUGAAAUAUUUCAAUUAUAGGUCGCAACAGAUAGGGACUGUUGUUGUGGAACUCCCUGUGGAAUUUGUCCAUUUCCCUGUGGGAACUUGUCCAAAUGUGGAAUCUCCCCUCUAUCCCUGAACUCAAGCAACCACUAACUUAUAUUCUUUCUUUAGGUGUUGCUUAGUUUGGCCUAAUGUCUUAGAAUUUCAUGUAAA